GCAAGCCCGCAGUUGUGUGUUGCUGUCAAUGAAGUUCUGUAGAAAGACAGAAGCUGUUGUAGAUGUUUAAUUUAGAUAUCGAAGGGAAGCGCGAGUCCCAUUUAAAGAGUUAUAAUUAUCUAUAGAGUUAACGGAAGAGUGAUAGUUAGAUUAAAGUAAUUAGUGGCAUUUGGAAACAGCAAGGUUAGUGCGCUAGUCUCAUGUAACUAACAGCAUGUGUAAGUUUUGUGGUCAGUUUCCGUGGAAAAACGUUUUUCUACAGUUUGUAUUUAACAUGUAAAUUAAGAGUUAAAGCUGGUUUGUAACUGAAGUGGAUGUGAAGUGUAGUAAUAGAUAAUUUACAUUAAGUUCACACAAGUCCAGAGGCUAACAUGGGCUCCACUUUAAUAUUAAAGGUCAGAAUAUGCCUGAAACCCUUUAAGCCUUUCUUUUAUCAGGGAAGUUCAGCUUUCUUCACAUUAAAUACUUCUCUGUGCAAGUCAUCACAGCUGCCUGUCUUAGCACGCUUUCUGUGCACCAGAGACACCAACCCCAACCUAGGAGGCAGACAGACAGACAGAAGGAACAGUGGACGAUCUGAUAGACAGGGGGGAGUAAAAAACAGCACCAUUAGACAUAAGGAAUGGGGGUUGUGGGAUGAUUCUGUCAAGGGACGAGGUAAGAGCUCCACUCUUUGGCAGAGGCCUUCCAUUCCUAAAUCUGUGUUUGCUGCUGGGACGGCAAAGAGGACGACAGAGCUGCUGAAGAGGAAAGCGGCUGUGGCCUCUCAGGAAGAGGAGCAGCAUGUAGGGGAACCAACCAGAAGAUCGGUGAAGAUGCAGCCUCCUGACCGACCACUCUCUGUUGCUGAGUGGAGGAAACUCAAGGAGUCUCUGGGGAGUCAGCAAACCUUUGACAUCCACAUGAUGAGUGCGAUAGUCAAGUCCGAAGCACAGCUGGAUAUCGCCAAGUCCCUCCUCACUUUUGUAGCCUUGGAAACAGGGACGCUGUCUUAUGAGCUGCUACUACGGUACCUGACGCUGUGUGUGAGCAGUGGCCAUAACACCGAGGUGUUUGAUGUCUAUGAGAUUAUGCAGGGACGUUUCCCUUCUCUGGAGACAGGAGCCUCCACUCUGUUUAUCAAAUCCUUCAGCCGGACGACGAGGUGGAGGGAGGCUGUCGGCAUCCUGCAAGAGGUUAAGAAGGUCUUUUCCCCAUCACCACGCAACUAUGGUGAUAUCAUCACAGCAGCAGUGUUAAAUGGUGACACGACCACUGCCUGGGCUCUUUACGAUGACUUAAUUGAAAUGGGACUGAGCCCGCACCAGGAGACCUGGGACGCUCUGUUUAAGGCAGUGAGGAAGACUGAGGAUGAAAAGGGGAUGGAUGCAGAGGACAUGUCUGAGGCUGAGCACCAGGAGAAGCUGCAGGGGAUUUUGCUCUACAUGAGGGACAACCAGUUCUACCCUCAGCAAAGCCUCGCCAACAGCAUCAAGACCUGGUUUGAGAGUCUCAAAGGGCAGAAAUGGACAGGGAGUUGGUCCAGCGCCACCCCAAAGGGUGUGUGUCGGUGUUGCGGGUCUGAGUUAGAGUCCAUCCAGCUGACUGCUGAGGAGUACAAACAGCUGAAAGACAGAGUGAUGACUGACAUCAUUCAGGGACCAGAUGUUUUUAAAAAGACUACACCAGAGGAAUUGGAGCGGUUCAAGGCAUUUGUGAAGAGGAGGCCAGCUUUUGAUGUGGUCGUAGAUGGACUGAAUGUAGCACAUAUCAGCAGCGACAAAAGCAGGCAGUCAGAGAACUUGCUGGCGGUGGUGUUAGAGCUGGUGGGUCAGGGCCUGACUGUCCUGGUGUUGGGCAGGAAACACAUGCUGCGGCCCUCGAGAGCCUGGGACAAACACAACAUGAACGUAAUCCAACAGAAAGCUCAUUGCUUCUUCACUGACAAUAUUUCGGAGGAUGAUCCCUUCUUGCUGUAUGCCACUUUGCACUCUGGAAACCACUGUCGGUUUGUGAGUAAGGACCUGAUGAGGGACCACAAGGCCUGCCUGCCAGCUGGAGCCACCAGACAGCUUUUCUUUAAAUGGCAGAGAGGCCACCAGCUGGUAGUGGAUGGACACCUCACAGUGGGCAAGAGAGUCCGAUUUCAGAGUAUUUCCAGCUUUGACACCAUCAUCCAGACCUCAGGGGACUCGUGGCACAUUCCCUACGAUGACACAGCGGAUAGGAGCACAUAUGAAGUGCCAGAACGAUGGCUGUGCCUCACCACAAAGCACUGAACGAACACUUUCAAAACUCAUAUGCGUUGACUGUAACUAUGGAAUUGUAAAUAAAUCAUUUACUACAAAGAAAUAA